AUUCCGUGCUCGAUGGCAUAAGACGCAAGAGUAAUGACCCGAGCAUGGAAGGAAGAAUUCCUGGAACUUUUUGAACAAUCCGGUGUACUACCUUUGUCGUUCCAUUUCACUACGUAACAACGUCACGGUUAGCGGGGAACGCGACGAAUCACCGGUGUUUUAACUGGUCUGCCGAGCGGAUCGGUACUCGGGGUGCCUUGAACGGUAUCCAAACGGUACCGCCAGAGGAGAACGUCUUUCGUUUCUCCGACGAAUUCUCAGUUUGUCGUGUGUUCUCAUUCGAGACGGUAGCUCGCUGUCAUUUCACGAGGCUCACGGGUAAAUACAGUGAUUCGUUUGGUUAUUUCGGACAGUGGUUAACACCAAAUCUACCAAGUAUUUUUUGGAUGCUUUUCAUUCUCGUCGAGAAUUAAUGUGUUUUAUGUUCGUUGAAUUUUGAUUGAGUGCCGCGUCAACAUUCCAACAACGAAAACAAGAUAAAAAUCAAACAAAAAUGCAGUCCAGAACGACUUCACUUUUUCUAAACAUUUUUCUUUGGUUUUGUCUUGGGGAAAUUAUCGUCGCCGAUGACAAGCUCAGGGUAGCUUUUCAAUGGAAACAACUAGAAUACGAGUGGCCAAACAACGAAACUAAACUACUCUUCCCCGGAUACAAACAGGAAGAUAAUCUUCCUCUUGGACUUGAAAUCACUAAUGAUAGGAUUUUUGUUACUGUUCCGAGAUGGAGACUCGGUGUUGCUGCUAGUUUAAACUAUUUUUAUAUUAAUGAUACUCGUGAAUCUCCCACAUUAAUACCUUACCCUUCAUGGGAGGCGCACCAAUACAAAGAUCGCAGCGUUCCCGAGAUCAUUUCAACGUUUCGAAUCCGUGCAGACCGUUGCGACAGAUUAUGGGUGUUGGAUACCGGAUUCACCGACAUCUUAGAUAGCCCCGAACAGCAAUCACCACCAGCGUUACUCGUAUACGACUUAAAGAAUGACAAAUUGAUGCGAAAAUUCGUUAUUCCGGAUCAUCAAAGAACACCUGAUUCACUGUUCGCUAACAUCGCAGUCGAAGAUUAUUCUUGUGAAGACUCUUAUGCCUAUCUGGGUGAUUUGGGCGGACCUGGUCUUGUGGUUUACUCGUGGAAGAUGGACAAAUCAUGGCUUGUCAAGCACCAUUUCUUCCAUCCUGAUCCUCAGGGUGGAGAGUUCAAUGUAUCAGGAAUCUCAUUCCAAUGGACAGAUGGCUUGUUCGGUAUGAGUCUUGCACCCACAGGCGAUGGAUACAGCACCAUGUACUUUCAUCCACUCUCCAGUAGCAUGGAGUUUUCAGUUAGCACAAAGCUACUUAGAGACCCUCAACGUGCUACUUCCUCAGAAAACUUCCACGAGUUCCACUCUCUAGGAUCUAGAGGAUUAAAUGGUCAAAGUAGUGUCAGCUUUUUGGACCCAAUCACAGGUGUUUUAUUUUAUGCAUUGACAAACAAAAACGCUAUAGCUUGUUGGAGGCCACAGAACAUGUUUAUGAUGCAGCAACAAGGUCUUAUUUAUAUGGACAACAUUACUAUGGUAUUUCCUAAUGAUUUGAAGGUUGAUCGAAAUGGCAGUAUAUGGGUUCUCUCGGACCGCCUCCCCACGUUCAUGUACUCCCGUCUGGACCCCGAAGACUACAACUUCCGAAUUCUCACCGGUUCCACAAAAAACGCCAUAGAAGGCACCGCAUGCUCUAUGAAUCCACCUCCGACCACCACCAGCCCACGCACCUUUUCUCCACAAUCGAACAUCAUCGCCUCAAAAGCGUCCGCCCUCCAAAAUUCUGAAAUAACCUUAGCCUCCGUAAUCGGCAUACUCCUCGCGAGAAGGUUCAUCUGAGACCUCGCAUGUUCAUCCAAGGUUAUAAAAAUGUGCUAAAGCUUCGUUUCUCGAAAGGUGUCGCGCAAACGAGCAGAGCUGGCAGACUCUCGAGAAAUAUCGGAUGAUGCUUAUAGUAAAAUCGAAUUUCUUCAGCUCGUGACAUAAUCGAAUGGAAAUCGAGUACCGGUCACGACGAUCCGGUUACCAUAAACCGCCGUAAUUGGUUGUGCUAGAUUCUGCGGGUUGCGACAAAAACGGGACCUUGCAACCUUGGGAACAGUGAAUUUGUUCAGGCUUGUUGUACUUCAGAAAUAAGUUUUCAGAGUUUUUUAUUUUCACCGCGAGAGGCCUCCACAGGCAAUUGGAACUUGGAACAAUACUUCACUAAAUUUAUAAUUUUUUUUAUAUAUUUUAUUGAAUAUUUGGGAAUUUGUUCAAAAACAUUUCAGUACGUUUUUUACCAUUUGUUCAGAUAUAUUCUACUAAAUAUUUGAGAAUUUGUUCAAAUAU